GCUUUUCCGCCCGCGACCGGAAGUGCCCGUCCGCGAAGAUGGCGGCGUCCAAGGUGAAGCAGGACAUGCCUCCUCCGGGCGGCUAUGGCCCCAUCGACUACCGGCGGAACCUCCCGCGCCGGGGACUGUCGGGAUACAGCAUGUUCGCCAUAGGUAUUGGAACGCUGCUCUUCGGAUACUGGACCAUGGUCAAGUGGAACCGCGAGCGCAGGCGCCUACAGAUUGAGGACUUGGAGGCCCGCAUUGCACUGAUGCCGCUGCUUCAGGCCGAGAAGGACCGGAGGGUGCUACAGAUGCUCCGCGAGAACCUGGAGGAGGAGGCCAUCAUCAUGAAGGACGUGCCUGACUGGAAAGUGGGCGAGUCCGUGUUCAACACCACGCGCUGGGUGACCCCCGUGAUGGGGGAGCUCUACGGGCUGCGGCCGAGGGACGAGGCCGGCCACGCCACCUACGGCUUCUACAUGUACACGUAGGGUUGUGCGGCUGCCGCCCCUGUCCGCGACCCAGACAAUAAACCUGGACGCCCCUUCCCGCCCACGCCCCAUCC